ACUUCAAACCUAAUCACAACGACAUAAGGUCGUAAAUAUAUCGUUAUGGAUUAAAUGUCAACUGACCAAGGACUAGUUUAAUUGGAGCUAAACGAUAAUGCGAACUUAAGGAAGUACGCGAAUGAAUGCAAGGGCGCGCUGGUUCUUCGUAAACUGGUUAUGAGGACAAAGACGUUAUUUACAAAAUCAGUCAGUAUUGGUCAAUAGGUAACAUAUUUUGAAAGGUCAGUUUAAUGUAGUUAAAAGUAACGAAUUAUGUUUUUUUGAAUUAUUACAAUACUGCUUAAAGUUUAUAUUUACAAGACUCCUUGCGAAUACAUUUUUUUGACAAUUCAAUAAAAUAAGUUUACGUUAUAAAAACAUAAUGUCACUCCUAACCGAUUUUCUUAGCUGUCAAUAUUUUCAACAUUUACAAGUUCAUCAAUAGACAAAAUGAAUGAAUUGCUUCAAAAACACGGGUGUUCUAACGUAUUCAGCGUCCCCGAAGGCCUCAGGGAAUUGAUGGCAGAUAUUACACGUGAAGUGCUACGAGAACAGCCUCCCAAACUCUUCGACUUUAUCGCCAACUAUCUCUCAGUGUUACUCCUCACGCGUGAGCAUGGGGUUAUGGCGGUUAAAGUUCUGGAUGACUUGUGUGACUGCAGACCUUCGGUAUCCGAACAUCUACUGCAGCUGGGUCUAGCUAGCGAGCAAGCGAGGGAUUUAGCUCAGAUUAUCAAGCAAGAGAUUGAACAAUUUGAGCCUGUUGCUGGCAGUGAAAAAAUUAAAGAAAUGCAGAUAAUGAAAACAAUAUUAACGCGAUCCACUUUAGACGAGGUGAUGGCGUCAAAAGUGUGUCAAGUCGCGAGAAACGCAUACAGAGAUUACUGGUAUAGAAAGAAGACACUAGAACAGUCCAUGAAAACUCAACCCGACGAACCGUGGGAGAUAGCGGCGCAACACACUCUAGAAAUAUAUAAAAGAACUAAACCGUCAUUCACAGAAAUGAACAGAGCUGCUGAAAAAAUUCAGGCGGCGUAUAGAGGAUACCAUCUUCGAAGAAACCUCCUUAAGCAUUUGAAACAGAAGAAGAAGGGUCCCAAAGUGGACUUGCCCGGCCCACCUUUGGACAUUGGUGGGUCCAGAGAAAUCGAACUGGGACCAGUGCUUAAACUCCGUGUACCAAAAGACAAUGUGCGACCAAUGUUCGGUGAGCAUGCCACACAGAAGCUGGGCAUACCGUACGACCCAAUGUUGACUAUCACCCACGUGCCAGAAGACCAAGAGUCCAUAACCAGUGGAGGAAGUAGGGGCAUUGGCAGGUUUACUGACAUACCAGCCGUUAGAAGUUCAAGUAUUAUUACCAAUACUGCACCAGGCGCAGGACAGGUUUUAAUGACGGCUACAGUGGAUGUGAAGGGUCCAACUUCAGUUGUACAAUCCGUGCACAAGAUAUCCUUUGCUGAGGUGCCGCCGGAGGUGAUUCCAGAUUUUCAAUUGGAGUUUUUAAAAGAGAACGAUGUAUCUAAUGCCGCAGAACAGGAAAUACCAGAAGAUAUACCAGAUGACAAGACAGAAGGCGAUGGUGAGAGUAUACCUGCAUCAGCGCCAUCUACAGCUCGCGACUCCGCUUCUAUAACAGACGUAGAAGAUGAAGGUGACGACGCUACAGCAAUAACUGAUGAGGAAGCAGGAUAGAUAUAUUAUAAUGUUACGAAUACAAUGUUACAUAAUUUUUAGUAUUAACUUUAUUUAACGUUUGCAAGAAUGAUAUUUACUUUCACGAUUUCUGUCGAAGAUAAUAUGCUUUAAGAAAUUAGUUCAUUUUACUUUUAUUAAACAUUAUAACAGAUAA